AUGCCUUCCAUCUCCAUCCGUCCCGCUUCCACCGCCACAGAUGACGGACUGCGUCUGCUCCGAAACUUUGACAGUCAGCUGCCCUUUCUAUCUUCAAUCGGCAGCAGCGCGCAAUGGGGCAGUUCUUCAAGAAGCGACCAAGAAGAUCAGCGGGCCAAGUAUCGGGGUAAAGUCGAAAGCAGCGAGCGAGGCUGGGACCAUGCAUGGAGUCGAGACUGGGUCAGAGCCUACAUCGCCGAGGUUGAGAUCAAACGGGAGGACCUCUCGUCCGAAUUGCUCGAGCUCGCCACCGAUACUAGUGAAAGUACGACCGCCGCCGUUCGACUGCCAGUUGCAGGCAUGAUCCUCCAAGGCCAGUCGGCUGAUUACGUCCGGGAUAUUGUGCCAGAAAACGACGACAACGAUCCCUUCAUCUACGUGUUGUACCUAUUGAGCGACAGAAGAACGGCGCCACAUGGGAAAGGUGCAGGAGCGGCGUUGAUCUCUCACGCGAAGGACGAAGCACGGAAACUCGGCAUCAGGCGUCUUUGCCUUGAUUGUUGGAGAGGGAACGAUAACAGGCUUGUGCAGUAA